AACUUUCUCUUCGAAAAUGCAGUCCAUAUUCUAAUAGGAAAAAAGGUGUGUAGCAGUGUAAAAUCAUUGACUUGUGGUGUGGAUGCGAUUGGCGAAGGAGACGAUCAGGUCGGACAAAUUUUGCCGGUAGCUGGUGGCGCCGCCCGUCACGUCACGUUGUUUGCCCUUUAAAGAAAAAAAAACUCAAUCAGCUAUUCCACAAAUCUCUCACUUCUCACCAAUACCUCGUGCGGUUCCACAAUUCUGAUAGCUGAUUCCAAUUGGGAAGGAAAAGCAAUUAUCCAUUUGAAUUAUCCUGCGGCUAGAGGGUUUUAAUGAGAAUGGCAGCUUCUGGGGACUCAUGGGUGAGGGAAUAUAAUGAAGCAGUCAGACUUGCUGAUGAUAUUACUAACAUGAUAUCUGAAAGGAGUUCGUUGCCUGCAACUGGGCCAGAAGCGCAACGCCAUUCAUCUGCCAUCCGAAGGAAAAUUACCAUACUGGGAACCAGACUGGACAGCCUGCAGUCUCUUCUCUCGAAGCUUCCUGGAAAGCAACCAUUGACUGAGAAAGAAAUGAAUCGUCGCAAGGACAUGGUUGCUAAUUUGAGAUCAAAAGUAAACCAAAUGGCUUCCACAUUGAACAUGUCAAACUUUGCAAAUAGAGACAGCUUACUUGGGCCUGAGAUAAAGCCUGCUGAUGCCAUGAGCAGAACAACUGGCCUUGACAACCAUGGCAUUGUCGGGCUUCAAAGACAAAUCAUGAAAGAGCAAGAUGAGGGUCUCGAGAAAUUGGAGGAGACAGUGAUAAGUACUAAACACAUUGCACUGGCAGUGAAUGAAGAGCUUGAUCUACAUACAAGACUGAUCGAUGAUCUGGAUCAACACGUUGAGGUUACAGACUCCAGACUACAGCGAGUACAGAGGAGACUAGCGAUACUGAACAAGCGGACCAAGGGUGGCUGCUCCUGCUUGUGCCUGCUUUUAUCAGUUAUAGGAAUUGUCGUCUUGGUUGCAGUUAUAUAUAUGCUGGUCAAAUAUUUGUGAUCUAAGAAAUGAUGCAUUAGACCUCUCUUGUGUGUUUGUGCCCUGGAUUAAUAUAAUUUUUAUGUUGGUAAAGAAAGAGGAAAAGAGAAGAGCGAAAACGCCUUGUGCUUUAUCUCAAAAAGACAGAAUAUUUCUGAUUGCUUUUCAUGUAUAAUCAACAUGAUUUCAUCAUUAAAGUGAGUUCUCCAUGGUUGCCUCAAAA